AUGCUUGAAUACUUCACUUAUAAGAAAGUCAAGAAACACCAAGCUGAUAAAAAAGAACGAGCUUCCAAUUCCAACACUCCUCUUGCUUCUCCAAAUCUAGGUUCUCUAACUUCUUCUUCACGUCCGCGUCCUUUAAUCACGGUCAAAACUCCAUCUGCUGAGUUGAGAAGAGGAGGAGCAAGUCCCAUUCUUAAUGAGGAAGAUGAGUACUUCUUGCAUAGAUUUAUAAGUGCGGAGGGAAUUCCACCUCCCCUCCCGCAGAGAAAACCUGUGUUACCGCUUAGACCUAGUGAGAGGGGUAUUGAGGGAUUGGGAAUGGAAAUGGGGGGUGAGGCGGGGGAGUGGAAGGAUAAUGAGCUGCAGAUGAUUCUGAGGGAGGAUGGAGAUGGAAAUGGAAAUGGAGAGAUGGCUGGAAAGGAGAAUGAGCGUAAGGCGCAAGGGAAGGGAAAGGGAAAGGGAAAGGGAAAGGGAAAAGGAAAAGGAAAAGGAAAAGGAAAAGGAAAGAUGGGUGAUGAUGGGGAGAAAGACAAGGAAACCAAAGACAAAAAUACCGGUCUCCAACCCGACCCCAACAUCUCCGACACCGAAGCUCAACGCGAACAAGACGAUCUCACACGAGUCCUCGACGACCUCUCCCUAACCGCCUCCAACAACCGCGCCUUUUCUCUCUCCCCCGACUCCACCGUCCUCGUCCAAAAAUUCACCCUCAUCCUCAAAGAUCUCAUAAACGGCGUACCCACCGCCUACGAUGACCUCGUCCACUUACUCGAAGAUUCCCAAGGAACGCUCUCCAAAUCCUACGAUUCUCUCCCCUCCUUCCUCCAAAAACUCGUUACCCAACUCCCUUCCAAAAUGACCAGCACUCUCGCUCCCGAACUCUUGGCUGUCGCUACCGAAGCCCAGGCACUCGGUGUUGCUAAUGCGGCGAGUGCGGCGCAAACGGGCGGCAUGGGCGCUGCGGCGAAAGCCCUGUUGACACCUUCGUCGCUCAAGGAUCUCGUUACGAAACCUGGGGCUGUGGUGGGUAUGUUGAAGGCGAUUGUGAAUGCGUUGAAAUUGAGAUGGCCGGCUUUUAUGGGCACGAAUGUUCUGUUGAGUUUGGCGCUGUUUGUGCUGUUGUUUGUUUUUUGGUAUUGUUAUAAGAGGGGGAAGGAGGUGAGGUUGGCGAGGGAUGGGAGGGUGCUGGGAGAGGGGGAGAGGGAUGGACUCACGCCUGGUGAGAGGGGAAGUAGAGGGUCGAGCUGGGAGAGUUCGAGGAGGGAGGGGCAGGGAGGCGGAAGUGGAGAUGGUGAUGGCUAUAAAGCGAGGAGAGAUGCGAGGCAGAGGGAGAAAGAAACUAGGAGGGAAGAUGAGAGGAGUAGGAGUCGAAGGGGGGAGAAGGAGAGGAAAUGA